AUGACGAUAGACUCGCUCAGCAAGUACAGCACUGAACUUACUCAGCACCAAUUGUCAUGGGCAACAGUUAACCAUGGAUGCGCUGAUUUGAACAACAUAUUAGGGUUGAUUGACCUGGUGCUCUCACUGCCUGCUACAUCAGUGAGGAAUGAAUGCCUUUUCUCCACUAUGAAAUUGGUGAGGGGGAAGAGGAGAGGUAGACUGGCCAAUUCUACCCUAGAUGACUUGCUACUCAUAGCAGUUCAAUCACCCCCAAUCAGUGAUUUUGAUCCAGAUGAUGCCAUCUUUCAUUGGAUGAGCACACCGGGUUCUAGACGCUUUAAUUAUACUAGACAGAAGAAGGAUACCAAAGUGAGGGAAAGAUCUGAAUCAGUGGUCAUUGUGGAUGAAAUAUUUACUGUGGCUACAACUGAAAAUGUGGAUGAGGUUCCAGUCAACAGCAUUGAAUCAACAGAUGAGAUCAAUGAUGAAACUGGACUUGACAAUGUCCCAUUCAGGGAUGAAGAUGAAGACUCAGAUGGAGAUAUUGAAGAAUCGGAUGAAUCUGAUAAUGAGCAAUCAAUUUAUGAAAACACUUCUUUGAUAACCAAAUACAGGGAGAUGGAAAUGGAAUUAGAAUAUGAUCUAUAG